AUGGUCAACUCCUGUUGUGGCUCCACCUGCUCUGAGGAGGGCUGCUGUCAGCCCAGCUGCUGCAGGACCACCUGCUGCCGCCCCAGCUGCUGCAUUUCCAGCUGCUGCAGGCCCUGCUGCCAGUCUGUGUGCUGCCAGCCCUGCUGCCGCCCCAGCUGUUGCAUUUCUACCUGCUGCCGCCCCUGUUGCCAACCCUGCUGCCGCCCCAGCUGCUGCAUUUCUAGCUGCUGCCGCCCCUGUUGCCAACCCUGCUGCCGCCCCAGCUGCUGCAUUUCAAGCUGCUGCAGGCCUUGUUGCCAACCCAGCUGCUGUCGCCCCAGCUGCUGUGUGUCCAGCUGCUGCAGGCCCUGCUGCCAGUCUGUGUGCUGCCAGCCCUGCUGCCGCCCCAGCUGCUGCCGCCCCAGCUGCUGUGGUGGAUCUUGCUGCUGA